AUGGCAACUAACUCUUCAGCUUGCAGUUCUUAUGAGGUGAUCUUAGGUCUGGCAUUGGUACUGGGAGCCGUUGUUCACCUAGCUGAGGCUAGGGCUUUCUUUGUCUUCGGUGAUUCGCUAGUCGAUAGUGGCAACAACAACUACCUGGCAACAACUGCACGAGCCGAUGCACCCCCUUACGGAAUCGAUCAUCCAACACAUCAACCAACAGGCCGAUUCUCUAAUGGCCUCAACAUUCCUGACCUUAUCAGUGAGCAAAUAGGCUCAGAAUCCCCAUUGCCUUACCUGAGUCCAGAGCUAAGUGGACAAAAACUACUUGUUGGUGCCAACUUUGCUUCGGCUGGAAUCGGAAUCCUUAAUGACACUGGAAUUCAGUUUCAAAGAGUCGUUGCACUUAUCGGAGCCGAGCAGGCCAAGCGACUCGUCAAUCAAGCACUUGUCCUGCUCACCGUUGGAGGGAAUGAUUUUGUCAACAACUAUUAUCUGAUUCCUUACUCAGCAAGAUCUCGCCAAUAUGAUUUACCAGAUUAUGUACAGUAUCUCAUUUCAGAGUACAAGAAACUAUUGAUGAAUCUGUAUAAUCUUGGAGUUCGCCGAGUUAUUGUGACUGGUACUGGACCGCUGGGUUGUGUUCCGGCUGAGUUGGCUAUGAGGAGCACAAAUGGUGGUUGCUCCGCAGAACUACAGCGAGCGGCUGCUUUGUAUAAUCCACAACUUGAGAGCAUGAUAAAUGACGUCAACAGAAAAAUCGGCAGUGAUGUGUUUAUUGCUGCAAAUACUCACCAAAUGCACACUGAUUUUGUCAGUAAUCCUCAAGCAUUUGCUCUUGCAUUGGCACGGGGAACCAUUGUUCACCAAGCUGAUGCGAGAGAUUUCUUCGUGUUUGGUGAUUCACUAGUUGAUGGUGGCAGCAACAACUAUCUGGCCACAUCUGCGAGAGCCUAUUUACCCCCUUAUGGAAUCGAUUAUCCAACAUGUCAAGCCACAGGCCGAUUCUCUAAUGGCCUCAACUUACCUGACAUUAUGAGCUAA